GCUCCCCGCUGCGUUAAUCCUCUCGCGGCCGACGGUACAAACCUUAGCACGCCCUCCUUCUGACUACCACCAUCGGCUGGCUCAUUGGCGCACCCCCCCUCGGGUGCCGUGCAGCUCAUCGUGGCAGCGGCUUCCUCUGUCCUUCUGUCUCUCGGACGCACGCCUGUCCAAUCUUGACAGGCCCCACGCAUUUCCGUCCGCCGUCUCGGUUGUGAAGCGCGUUGAUGCACGCCCUCGGCUUCCUUAGGAGGAAACGGACUAGGGACGGAGCCCAGGGCCAUUCGUCGUCCAGCAACCCAACGAGCCCCGUAACGCCGACAGCAAACGGCUUCGACCAACACCCCGUCCCCCGCGGAUCACGUUCCAGCGCCGGCUCGCAGUCUACACGCCACUCCUCGGCAACUGCCACUCAACAACAGAAUCGGCCGGCUGAAGCGGCGGCUGGGCAGCAGGAGCAGGAGCAGGAGCAGGCCCAGGAGCAGAAGCAGGAGCAGGAGCAGGAGCAGGCCCAGGAGCAGCCAAUGAACACCCUCUCACCGCAGCAACCGCCGUACGCGGUGGCACAACAACACACUCCCUCUCCCGGUACCGAUCCGCAGAAUGUACCGCGCAUUGCGAAUCUGAUCAACCCCCCGCACAAUGAGGGGCAAGCCGACUAUCAGCAACUCCAGGGAGCCCCAAGUGCUCAAUACACUUCAAGCAAUGGCGGUGUGAUGUCAAGUCAUCCUCAUCAGCAGCAACAAUACCACCAUCACCUUCACCACUUCAACCACCAUCACCACCAGGAACAGCAGCCGCAGCAGCAACAAACACACGAGGAACAAAAGCAGCAGCAGCAACAACAACAGCAACAGCAACAGCAACAAGAGCAGCAGCAGCAGCAGCAGCAACGACCAACACAGCAGGUGGUAACAACACAGGGCGAGGGCCGGGUGACCAAGGGGAAGUACUCACUCGAGGAUUUUAAUAUCCUGAGGACGCUGGGGACGGGCAGCUUCGGCCGAGUCCACCUGGUUCAGUCGCGGCAUAACCACCGGUUCUAUGCAAUCAAGGUUCUCAAGAAGGCGCAGGUGGUUAAGAUGAAACAGGUGGAGCACACCAAUGACGAGCGGAGGAUGCUGGGAGAGGUGAAGCACCCGUUUCUGGUCACGCUGUGGGGCACCUUCCAGGACGCGAGGAACCUGUACAUGGUGAUGGACUUUGUCGAGGGCGGCGAACUCUUCUCUCUGUUAAGGAGGUCAGGGCGCUUCCCUAACCCGGUGGCCAAGUUCUACGCCGCCGAAGUAACGCUGGCUCUCGAGUACCUACACUCGCGCAACAUUAUUUAUCGCGACCUGAAGCCGGAGAACCUUCUGCUCGACCGGCACGGCCACCUCAAGAUUACGGAUUUUGGAUUCGCCAAGCGCGUACCAGACAAGACGUGGACGCUCUGCGGCACGCCAGAUUAUCUCGCGCCCGAGGUGGUCUCCAACAAGGGCUACAAUAAAUCAGUAGACUGGUGGUCCCUUGGCAUCCUCAUCUACGAGAUGCUCUGCGGGUACACACCCUUCUGGGACAGCGGUUCGCCGAUGAAGAUCUACGAGAACAUCCUGCGGGGCAAAGUCAAGUACCCGGCGUACAUCAACCCGGACGCGCAGGACCUGCUGGAGCGGCUCAUCACGGCCGACCUGACCAAGCGGCUGGGCAACCUGUACGGCGGGUCGCAGGACGUCAAGAACCACCCCUGGUUCGCCGAGGUGACGUGGGACCGGCUCGCACGCAAGGAUAUUGACGCGCCUUACUCGCCCCCGGUGCGGGCCGGCACCGGCGACGCCAGCCAAUUCGACCGGUACCCGGAGGAGGUGGAGCAGUACGGCGCGCCGGGGAAUGACGAACUCGGUUACCUGUUCCAGGAUUUCUAAGGCUCACGGACGGCUGGUUGGUUAUGCUAGACGAGCCGACGAUGGAGGGCUGAGUUCAACAAGCCCUCCUCCGCCUUGUGCUGAGAACCCCGGCUGGGACCGAUCGACAGGGCCAGUCAUUGCAGUGGCUUUCCCUGCUUGAAUUUGCAAUGCUGGAAUCACUUGGACAGGGGCAACUGACGGUGGAGUUUCCGGCCCAGUGCGCUACUUUUUCUUUGCU